AUGGCGCAAUCCCAGCAACAACUGGGUCACAAGGAUGCGGCCUUGUUCAGGCAAGUUGUCCGCAACUUUGAAAACAAACAAUACAAAAAAGGUCUCAAGGCUGCCGAACAAAUCCUACGGAAAACACCCAACCAUGGGGACACGCAAGCGAUGAAGGCCCUGAUCAUGAGCCACCAAGGCCACACCGAAGAAGCGUUUGCCCUGGCCAAGAUCGCCCUCAACAACAACAUGAAGUCGCAGGUUUGCUGGCACGUGUACGGCUUAUUAUACCGCGGUGUGAAGAACUAUGAAGAGGCUAUCAAGGCAUACAAGUUCGCGUUGCGGUUAGACCCCGAUUCAGUGCCUAUACAGAGAGAUUUGGCACAUCUUCAGGUCCAGAUGCGAGAUUAUGAAGGCUACGUCCAGAGCCGGAAAAUUAUGCUGCAGCAGAAACCAGGAAUACGACAAAAUUGGACAGCCCUAGCAAUCGCACACCACCUGGCGGGAAACUACGAGGACGCAGAGAAUGUUCUCACCACGUAUGAGGAGACGCUCAAGGCAAAGCCGAACAGGUCAGACACUGAACACUGGGAAGCUGUGCUCUACAAGAACUACAUUAUUGCAGAAUCGGGCGAGCUUGAGAAGGCGCUCGAUCAUCUGGAGGCAGUAGGGAAGAAGAGCCCUGAUGUUCUUGCGGUGAUGGAAAUGAAAGCAGAUUAUCUCGCCAGGUUGGGUCGGAAAUCAGAAGCCGAGGCGGCGUAUGCUGCCUUGCUCGAGCGCAAUCCGGAUGACUCCGGUUACUACGAUGGAUAUAUCGCUGCUAAAGGCCUAACGGAUGGUCCUGCAGCGGAGAUCAACAACGCAUACCAAGAGCUUGCGGCAAGGCACCCCAAAGCCGACCUUCCCAGAAGGAGACCGUUGGACGUUCUAUCUGGGGAGGAGUUCAAGCAAGCUGCAGACCAAUAUCUGCAGAGAAUGCUGCGAAAAGGAGUUCCUUCGACCUUUGCAAACAUCAAACACCUUUACACUGACGAGUCCAAGCGGGACACUAUCCAGGGAUUGGUGGAGGAGUACGCCUCCGGGAAUCUACAGUCACAAACCAAUGGAGCCAAGGAAAAUGGCGACAAAGAAGAAACACGCUUCAGAUCCUCAGUCCUCUACUUCCUCGCCCAACAUUAUAACUACAAAUUAAGUCGCAACCUCGACAAAGCUCUCGAAUACGCCGAAAAAUGCAUAACCCUGGACCCACAAUCUGUCGACUUUCACUCGGUUAAGGCCCGUACUUAUAAGCACAAAGGGGAGCUGACCAAAGCUGCCGAGAUCAUGGACUACGCCCGCUCACUGGAUGAGAAGGACCGGGCGAUCAACACCAAGUGUGCAAAAUACCAACUUCGUUGCGAUCAAAAUGACAAAGCCCUGGAGACGGCAAGUAAAUUCACCCAGAACCGCACCGGAGGCCCGCUGGGGGAUCUUGUCGAUAUGCAAUGUGUUUGGUAUCUCACAGAAGAUGGACAGUCUUAUUUGCGCCAACGGAAACUCGGUCUUGCGUUGAAACGUUUCCACCAGAUCCUCGGUGUCUUUGACCUGUGGCAGGAAGAUCAGUUUGACUUUCACAGCUUCUCCCUGCGCAAGGGCAUGAUCCGAGUAUACAUUGACAUGCUGCGGUGGGAGGACCGCUUGAGGGAACACCCUUUCUUCUCCACUAUGGCCGUCUCUGCGGUGAAGGCGUAUCUGCUACUGUUUGACAAUCCGGAUCUGGUACAUGGACCGAUUAUGGAUACUGUCAAUGGUACAAACAACCCAGGAGGGAUGAGUGCUGCAGAUCGCAAGAAGGCGCUCAAGAAGGCCAAAAGGGAACAGGAGAAAAUGGAGAAAGCCGAGGCAGAGAAGAAGGCGGCGCUGAAGGCGAGCAAACCCACGCCGAAAGCUGAAGAAGGCGAAACCAAGAAGGAAGACCCCGACCCUUUCGGCAAGACUCUUGUCGAGACAAAGGAGCCUCUGAAGGACGCGAUGAAGUUUCUGAGUCCGCUGUUGGAGUUCUGCCCUGACGUCGUAGGGGCGCAGGAGGUCGGGUUCGAGGUGUAUCUGAGGAGAAAGAAGUAUCUGCUUGCGUUGAAGUGUCUGCUGGAGAUGAAGCGCCUGGGUGCCAAAGAAAGCGAGGUGAAAGAACUGGGGGCGAGGCUGAGAAAAGCAUUCGAGGCGAGUGAGAAAGACGUGCCAGAGCAGGUCCGUGAGAUUGUCAAGGCGGAAACAGGGAAGCUCGUCCAGUGA